AUGAACAAUAAUAUUGGCGAAGAUGAUGAUGAUAUGCUCAUCAGUGGAGCUAGGAACAACAACAGAGGUCAGAUCAAUUUAGAUUUAUCGAAUUAUUCAUGCAACAUACCUGAUAUCACCCCAUCAUUUGAUCUGCUUAAUUUUAGGAAGUUCAUCCUGAAUCAAAACUGGAAUAUUGGUGACUUAUAGGAGUUGAUUCUGAAUUGCUAAUUGAGUUCGAUCAAAUUGAGAUUCAGCAUAUGGAGAUUGUUCCUAGGCAUCUUUUCAAUUGAUGACCCUCUCGAGUAGAAAAUCAUUAAGCUCAAUUAACAUAGAUCGGAUUAUUAAAAUUUAAGCAAGUAAUAUUUAUAAGCUGAAACAAAGAAAGAAUCCAAAAGAACUAUAAGAAAUCCCUUGUAAUAAAAUUAAUAAGAAUAGCAAAAACCCAAUGUUUGGAAUAACUUUUUUGAGAUCAACCAUCUAAAAAGUGAAAUAAAGAAGGAUGUUGAUAGAACUCAUCAGGAUAAAUAGUUAUUUCAGAGCUUAAAGAUAAAGAAUUUGCUGUCGAACAUUUUAUUCAUCUGGAGUGUUAAGAACCCUACAAUCUCAUAUAGAUAAGGAAUGAACGAAUUGGCAGCUAAUGUUAUUGAGGUCUACUUCACAGAAGUCCAAGGGUUUAAUAGUUUGGAAGAUAGUGAGGAUAAGAAGGAGAUAGCAAUAUUCUAUGAUAUCAAGUUUGCAGAAGAAGAUAUCUUUUAAUUGUUUGAAUAAAUCAUGGUUGCUCAUGUUGAUAUGUUUAAACAUACACCAGAAAGCCAGAAGAAACAACAACUAAUAAUAUAGAAUAGGAUCCAGAAAAUCUAUGAUCAAUAGUUGAAAAUAAUUGAUGUCACCUUAUUCAAGCAUUUAAAAGUCCAGGAUGUUGAACUAUCAGUAUUUCUAGUUAGAUGGAUUAGAUGUAUGUUUACAAGAGAAUUCCAUGUGGAAGAUUCUUUGAAAGUUUGGGAUGCCAUAUUCUAUGAUUACUACCUUACUGAGGAUAAAUAAUGGCUUUUAUUGGUUGAUUGUAUUGUUAUAGCCAUGUUUGUCUAUGUCCGAGAUUAAAUACUCGAAAAGGAUGAUCCAAAUGCCUGUUUGAAAAGGUUUCUGAAAUACCCUCCAGUUGAAAAUCUAGCCUAAUUGAUUCAGGCUGCCUUUAGCAUUAAAAGAGUUCUACAGUCUGCUAAUCCUGAACAAGCUUUACUUCAAGAUCAGUUCCUGAUUACUUUCCUAGGCAGUAGAGAUGUCAGCAAGUCUCCCAAAAUAUUCUAAAUUGCUAAGAAUCAAGAAAUUCCUGAAGAAAACAACAAAUGCAACCAAUUUGAAGUAACAAGACAGUAUUGA